CAACUCCAUUCCCGGAAGAGCAGGUGUCCCCGCGAAAACACACGUGUGUGUCCGCCCUGGAAGAACAGUGGUGCAGAAGAUUGGUGAGAUGACACAGUCUUGUCUUCAUUGAGGCAUUGACUCACAUUGAGUUCCAGAGCUUCAAUCACAUUCCAUUACUCCAUCAAGGACACAUCUUUAAUGGUGCUAAACAGAUUUCAAGAAGCAGCAGAAGACCAUAAGAUCCACAAGUUUCGUCAUCCAGCGGAAUCAGUGAGGAUUUGUUCAGAUUUCUUUCUGCAUAAUUAGACAAUUUUGCUUCAUAUGUUCCUUGGCCCUCACAUGGUUAUUGUGAGCAUUGAAGUGGAUAAUGAUGAAAGUGAUGAUGAGCAGAGUGAAGACACAGAUAAUGACAGCUCAGAGGUGGAGCCACAAAACUCCAAGGAAUCAGUAGGAAGAAAUGGAAAAAGAAAGAGAAAGAUUGAACAAGAAUCAGAGGAGAAAUCUGAUGACUCGGAGGAGGAAGAAGAGCAAAGUAGAAAGAAAAAUGUGAAAAACAGAAACAAGUUAACUAACAGAAACAACUCAGAUGAAUCUGAAAAAGAAACAACUAAAAGUAGGAAGAACAAAAAUGUAAAAUCUAAGAAGAAAGAUUCUCACAGUGAUGAUCAUGAUGAUGAGUCACUGGACAAGAACAAGAAAGGAAAAGGUGACAAAAAGCAAAUGGACAGUGAGAGUGACAAGGAGGAUAACAAGAAAAGGGGCAAGAGAAAGGAUAAGAAUUGUAAAAAAGAUGGAAAUAAAGGCAAAGGGAAUAAAAAGAAAUUUAGUUCAAGUUCAGGAGAAGAAUCUGAAGAAGUUAUUACUGAAGAAGAUGUGGCCAAGCUGAAAGAUGAAGUUGAUGAAAAAAAGAAACUAAUUGCAACUUUACGCAACAAACCCUCACCAAUGAAACAUAAAUUACAAUUACUGAAAGAAGCACAGGAAUUUGUGGAGAAAUUUGAAGGCACACUUGGGAAAGGAAAAGGCAAAAGAUUUUAUGCCUAUAAAGUAAUGAUGACCAAAAAAUGGAUGAAAUUUCAGCGUGAUUUUGAGAAUUUCAAAACUGCUUGUAUUCCAUGGGAAAUGAAAAUAAAAGAGAUUGAAAGUCACUUUGGUUCAUCAGUUGCUUCAUAUUUCAUCUUCUUGAGGUGGAUGUAUGGAAUCAAUAUGGUUCUGUUUGGCUUAACCUUUGGUUUGGUCAUGAUCCCUGAGGCUCUGAUGGGAAAGCCAUAUGGCAGCAUGCCAAGAAAAACUGUUCCUAUCAGUGAGCAAGACUCAGCCAUGAAUUUUGCUACAUUGUGGGAUUUUGGGGGCUACGCACAAUAUUCUGUCCUUUUCUAUGGUUACUAUAAUAAUCAGCGUACAAUUGGGUGGUUGAAAUUCAGGCUACCAUUGGGCUACUUCCUGGUGGGAGUCGGUACAAUCGGAUACAGCUUCAUGGUGGUGAUUAGAACAAUGGCAAGCAAUGCGAAUGAGGAAGGUGGUGGAGAUGACACAAGUUUUAAUUUCAGUUGGAAGAUGUUCACAAGCUGGGACUACUUGAUUGGCAAUGCAGAAACUGCAGACAAUAAGUUUGCUUCCAUCACUACCAGUUUUAAGGAAUCUAUACUUGAAGAACAGGAGAAUCGGAAAGAAGGAAAUAUCCAUUUAACCCAAUUUUUACGUGUUCUCGCCAACGUCUUGGUACUCCUCACUCUUGCUGGAAGUGGCUAUCUUAUUUUCUUCGUUGUCAGAAGGUCUCAGAAAUUUGCACAGGAGGGACUGGAUGACUAUGGAUGGUGGGAAAGAAAUGAAGUAAAUAUGGUCAUGUCACUGCUGGGCAUGUUCUGUCCUAUGCUAUUCGACAUCAUUAGUCCUUUAGAGAACUACCAUCCACGGAUUGCACUCCAAUGGCAAUUGGGCCGCAUUUUUGCAUUAUUUCUUGGUAACCUCUACACCUUUAUAAUCGCAUUAUUGGAUGAAAUUAACCUUAAGCUUGAAGAAGAAAAGAUUGUUAAAUACAAUAUUACUAUUUGGGAGAAGAAUCUUUAUAAUGGAAGUUGGUUGGAGAACUCAACUUCACGUCCUGCAUUAGAUAUUGAUCCUGCAAUUGUACCCAGAGGGCCUUGCUGGGAGACCAUGGUGGGGCAGGAGUUUGUUCGGCUCACUGUUUCUGAUACAUUGACUACAGUCAUAACCAUACUGAUUGGAGAUUUCCUUCGUGCUGUUUUUGUCAGAUUUGUUAAUUACUGCUGGUGUUGGGACCUUGAAUAUGGGUUUCCAUCUUAUGCAGAAUUUGAUAUCAGUGGGAAUGUUCUGGGCCUGAUCUUCAAUCAAGGAAUGAUAUGGAUGGGUGCCUUUUAUGCUCCAUGCCUUCCAGCUAUCAAUGUUCUGCGCCUCCUGGCUUCCAUGUAUCUACAGUGCUGGGCAGUCAUGUGCACCAAUGUUCCACAUGAGCGUGUGUUCAAGGCUUCAAGAUCAAAUAACUUCUACAUGGCCAUGCUGCUGAUCAUCUUGUUCCUGUCAACAUUGCCUGCAGUUUAUACCAUUGUCUCAAUACCACCAUCCUUUGAUUGUGGGCCAUUUAGUGGGAAAGAUAGAAUGUUUGAUGUUAUCCAAGAAACACUGGACAAUGACUUUCCAGCAUGGUUUGGGAAAGUUUUUACUGCUGCAACAAAUCCCGGUUUGAUUCUGUCUUUCAUUUUACUUCUGGCUUUGGCGAUCUAUUAUCUACAGGCAACCUCAGAAUCAUAUAAGGCUGCAAACUUGGAAUUGAAGAAGAAACUACAAAAUCAAAGUGAUGAAAAUAAAAAGAGAAACAAAAAGAAUGCCAAAGCUGCAGCGAAUCAGAUGGAAGAACUGCAGAAUUCCUUGCAGAACGCCAAUGAAAGAGCAACAGGCAGAGAUGCAGAUAAAAAAGCAAAUGCAGUUAAUUCUUCAAACCACCCUCCUGCUCAAGGAGCCUAUCCACCCAAUGGAAGAAGAAUGAGACUUGCUGUUCCACCACAUGUAGCCGUGACUCGACCACCAAGGCCAAGAGGACCUGGCCAGUUGCCAGGACGACUUCAUUAUCCUGGACCACAACAGUCCCAUGGAGCUCACCCGAGGAUGCCCAGGACUGGUGCUGCUUUUAGAUAAUGUGAGAAAAUAUGGCUGAAAGCAAACUUACUUUAUUUUAAACCUAAGAUAAAAUUAAUUUUAAAAUGUGCUAACGUUUUGAGUGAUUCCUUGUGAAUAAAAUACAUGAGUCGAGAACAAAGCAACCAUAUCGUGUAAUAAAGCUGUGUGGGCACUCACUGGUAGAAUAAACUCUAACUGAAUUCAGUAUAUAUAUUACAAUAAUACUUCUUAGUGACUUUGUUAAUAGUGUCUAAGAAGACUUAGUAUCCAAGAAUUUGGAAUAAAUCAUAAUUUUUCUGAUUUGCAAGAUCCUUUGCUGCUUAAACCAUAGACACUAAACAGGCAGUGAAAAAGUAGUUAUUAUUAGACUAAGCUGUGGAAUUGCAUCAACAGUGAAAUUCACUAAGUAUCUGUAUUGAUAAAUAACAUUCAUACAAUAGCUGUGUCAGCAAUUCUCUGUGUUGUGAUGAGACUACGUAAAGCUUUAAUAAUCCUCUAUUAGAGUACUGUGCGCAGCCUUGGGUUUCUUGUUGUCAGAAAGAUGUUGAAUUAUUAGACAAGGUAAGAUACAAAUUACCUAGUCUAAUAAUUCAACACCUUUCUUACAUCAAGAUACAAAUUCACUUGCAUCUGGUGCGAGGAAAAAUAAAUACUAAGAAGGGAUAAAAUGGGCCUUUAAGUAUGUGCCAACAUAAUUGAAGUACUGAAUUGAAAAGAGACAGACAAAUACAGGAAAAAUGCUGCUAAAUGUACUUGGGAAUAUUUAUUUGCAUGGCAACAGGGGUUAACCACAUUCCUGUGAGUCUGGAGUCAUAUAUAGCCCAGACCAGGUUAGAACAGCAAUUCUCGUUCCCGGAAAGAUGUUAAUGAAACAGCUGAUUUUUAAAGGGCAAUUGAUUAUGCUUUCAUGGUAUUUAUAAGGCUAACUCAGAUUCCUCUAUCUGCCCCAGUGGGAAUCAAACCCAUGUGCCCAGCACAUUAACCUGGGGCUUUGGAUUAAUAGUUCAGUGACAUUGCCACAUUACCUGGUGAAUUAGUUAUCCAUCUUGAGUUUGGUUGAACCACAUAGAUUUUGUUGUCUCUGUCUUCUGAUACUUUGCAAUUCUUCUUUUGACUUUCAUUGCAACUUGCGCAACUGCAGUAAACACCGCUUUGUUGAAUAACGCAUCAUGUGUCUCUGCACAAUGGCUCCCUCUACUGGACAAUGACAGCAUACCAAUGUUGUUUAUUUCACUCAGCGUGGAAAUAGUCUUUGAGAUAUGAAGGGCUAUGAUACCAUUGCUGAGAUAUAUGAAUUUGAUGUUGUAGUCCUGCAUGAUCAACUCAGUGGCAUGGUCCUGCAACAUACCCAACCUUGAAGAUAUGCUUAUGAAAAUGAUCUAUUCGUAGAUGUGCAAAUAUUGAUGACGAAAGCCUGAUGUAAUUACCAACAUAGUCAGUGCUUCAUGAUAAUGAGUAGAGGGAUACUUCCAUCAUAGAGAUACAUGCCCCAAUGUUCACAAAUGUGGAAAAAGUGCUUCCUGUUCUUUGUAUUCAGUUUCUGACAAUAGCCAUGACAUGUAAAUGUAGAUCAUUCACUUCCUUCAAUGUUCUGUGAAAGUGUAAUUCCAAAGGAAUUUUCUGAUGCAUCUGCCGUAACAUAUGGGUUGAAAUGGAUGUGGAUCAAAGGUGAGAGAUAGCAGGAUCUGCGGAUGCUGGAGAAUCUGAGAUAACAAGGUGUAGAGCUGGAUGAACACAGCAGGCCGAGCAGCAUCAGAGGAGCAGGAAGGCUGACGUUUCAGGUCUAGACUCUUCUUCAGAAAUGCUCAGAGGGAGGGGUAGGCAUCCUUAGAGGCUUCGCAGUGGGGUUAAAAUUGUUUCAGAGAUAGCAUUUCUGAAGAAAGGUCUAGGCCUGAAACGUCAGGAUCAAAGGUGAUGUUAUUUUCUCCUUCAAUCUAUAAAAUGCUGUCUGCCGUGCAAUUGUUCGUUCCCAUUUUACACUUUGUGUUCUCUCCAUACUCAGGGAUGGAAGUUGGUAAUCAUUGCAACAAUUGCAUAUGAGAUGGAACAGCAAGCUCUUGAAUGACUUUGAACCUAUGAGUAGGCUUUCCUACAGGCUAUUACUUUUUAGCCCUAGAAAGUCAAACUUAAAUGCCCCAAAUCUAUAGUUGUGCCUGUUGAGCACAAAUUGUGAUAUGUAAAUCAAGUGAGCAUUAUUGAUAAUCACUGAUAGUGUUUUACUUUGUCUCUUCCACGGACAGCAAUGCCAUCAAAUAACAUUUCCAUGCCCUGACAAGAUGGAAGAAACAAUCUUCUGGAAUGUACUAUGUCCACAUUUUUAUAUGUAUACCAUUCUGUGCUACUAAAACACAUCUUUCUGAGUAACUCAAGCUUGUAAGAUGCUAACGUUGCUCAACUAGAAGCAUCUAGAAAGAGCUGUAUUAAUAUUGAGCUUUGUGGAAGAUGGAGUCAUGAAAUGAUGCUGAUUUUCUUGGAUUGCGGGAAGUUGUUACUUGUCUGGGUUGAUGACUUUAUUGAUGGUCUUAAGUCGACAUACAGUCUAAAUUUGGCAUUUUUGUGUUGUAUCAUAAUUGGCUUGAUAGUUACGGCAAUAAGUUAAUGAACUCAAAUAUGGCAUUUGCGUACAGUGAUUUCAGCUCCUCUAACACUGAGAUAGAUUGUGAAUGGCAACUGUUACAAGUUUUGCACGUGAAGAAAUUGACAUGUCAAUGUGAAGUGCAGAACAUCUUAAUCUUCUCAAGUCUGUUCAAUAAGGAAAUGCAUUUGCUGGUACAAAAUUUGAGUCUUGCUGAAAGGCGACACAUUUUGGCACUACUCAAAGAAAGAAAGAAAGAUAUCAACACAUGCAAUCUGCUCUGAGACAAUGUGUGAGUAGCAUCUUCCUGUGGACACUACUGUAACCAGUCUGUCCAUCUCUGUCUUGAUCUCUGAAAUCUGUUGAUCCCAUGACAUGGCUGCACUUGGAGAAGAAAUAAACAGUGUUGGAGCCAGAAUAUUUCAACUUUUCUCUAAGAUCCUCUUCAACAUUAACUUUGUUGCACAUUUGUACACCUCUGAACUCUGCAGAAAUGACACAAGUGUAACAGAUUUUAUUCAGUGUCUUAAAUGUGGACCCAUACUUAUAGUUCUAGCUUCUAGCCAUUUCUGCAGUUUGUUUACUUCACCCUGAGUCACUGAACCUCGCUAAAGGAACAUAAUCAAUUCCUUCAUGAUUCAUGUGUCCUCAUGUGACUCUGCAGGCCAAUUCUGGAGCUGUAAGCCAGUGGGAAAAGAGGACGGCAUUGUCCUAAGGAAAGGGGGCAUGUUGAGGAGUAGGGGGUGGAAUUGUUCUUGAAUCAGGAUUCUGCUCUCUGUCAUUUUUGCUUUUGUUUCUCUUCCAUAAACCCCAGAGUUUAUGGGGUCAGUUUUCAACAGCGUUAUGCUUAAUGUUUCCCCUUAUAGGACAGAUAAGAACAAUAUGUGACAUAUUAAGAAAAUGAAAUCUCAUUUUUAAGAUGGAUCUGGGGGAGAGUUUUUCUUGCUUGAAGAGUUGUUAAUUGCUGGAAUUCCUUUCACAGAAAACAGUUGGGGUUUGGUGUUUCCAAUUGAGAAUGUUGUGUAUAUCAUUCUUAUUGAACCAGUCCUGAUGCUUGCGAGCUUCAAACCUAAUGCAUUUCCCUUGGCUUACAAAUUUGAUUUUUUCCCAAGACUCUUCCUCACUACCACCUUCAAAUCUUCUGUGUGCAAGACAAGAAAACAAAAGUUGCACCUGGAAUGGUUCCAUUGUUUUUACAUUCUGAAAAAUGUGGGCUGUUAAAACUUUUCAUGGACUCCUUUGAAGGUCAUGCAUGUUUGGGUGCCAAUGUUGGCUCAUGGUGGAACGUAAUCAAUACAUAAAGUGUUAGUAAUUAUAUUGUGUGCCUAUUUCAAGUCAUCAUUUGUUUGCAUGAUUAAUUAUUUUAAUAUUCACUAGUACUCAAGUAACAUUUUCUCUUUCAGAAUUA